AUGAAGAAUCUAGUUCAAGCCUACUUUGUUGAAGCCAAAUGGUUUAAUGAAAAAUAUGCACCCACGUUCGAGGAGUAUAUGAAUAAAGCACUUGUAUCAUGUGGUUACUCCGCUCUUACAACCUUAUCUUUUGUUGGCAUGGGAGACAUCGUAAUAAAGGAAGCCUUCGAUUGGGUCUUCAGUCACCCUAGGAUGGUUAAAGUAGCAGCAAUCAUAAGUAGGCUCAUGGAUGAUAUUGUUUCCACUGAUUUUGAGCAACGGAGAGGUCACGUUGUCUCAGGCAUUGAAUGCUAUAUGAAGCAACAUAGUGUGUCAAAGCAAGAGGUACAUGAAGAAUUUCAGAGGCUGAUUGUGAAUGCAUGGAAAGAUAUGAAUGUGGAGCUCCUUAAACCUACUCAAGUGCCAAUGCCUCUCCUUUUGCAGAUUCUCAAUCUCGCAUGUGUGAUGGAUCUUCUUUACAAGAAUGAAGAUGCAUAUACAAAUAUUGGAGUAUUGACAGAGGGUGUCACUUCAUUUCUUGUCGAUCCAGUAUUGCUAUAA